CGUUUUGCUGUUCUAGUCAAGCAAAGAAAUCAGUGCAGCAAACCCGAAAACCAGUUGCGUUGAGCUUCCGAGCGCCUAUGACCUCAUGAGCGCUCGGCAAUGGCCGACUUCGGCAUGUGGCCUCAUGUCAGUAUGCAACCCCUACAGCCUACGGCUUGGAGGGUCGUGCCAAGCUUUGGCUCGCAGCCUGCUCAGGACACUUUGUUUGACACACUACUAUGAUGGCAGACAUUGCUUCAAAGCGAAUGGAUCGCGCUGAUCCAUGGCAAAAGCUCGCUCAAGAAUGCACUCAAGGUGCUGCAUACGACUCCAACGAGCGCCAGCCGCACUCCGGAUCCAAGUGCCUUCCAGGAACCAGGAUAGAGCUUCUUCGUACUAUCAAAGCGGCCACCGAGGACGGCAGACGCAAGAUCCUGUGGAUCUCCGGUGAACCUGGUUCGGGAAAGUCAACCGUCGCACACACCGUUGCGGACAGUCUUCGCGAGGAAGGGAGACUCGCAGGCACGUUCUUUUUCUCCAGAAUGAAUGGGAGACGGAGUACCUUCGACUUUGUUCUCCUCACGUUCGCGUAUCAGCUUGGGCUGCAGCACCACCGCGCCCGAGAGGUCAUCACAAAGGCCAUUGCUGAUGAUCCUGCGCUGCUUGCCCCCGAGAAAUCGCGUCUUGACCAGCUCGACAGGCUUGUUAUCCAGCCUUUGCGAAUACUGGCGUCUGUUUGGGGGAGGACUGGUCACGGUAUGUCGCUCGUUAUGGAUGCCCUCGAUGAGGGUGUUCCGACGGGAACAGGAAACCAUCAUUUCCGAGCGUCUAUCUCAUCGCUCGCACUCAAGGGCGUACCGACAGGCAUAGAGACCCUUUGGCCGUUUGUUUCGCUCCUCGCGCGUCUCGUACGGGAUACUACGCUUCCUAUAUCCAACAUCGUUAUUACCAGCAGACCAUCGACAGAGGCCGUGAUGCGAAGUAUGGAGUUCGCAGACAUCAUACAGCCCAUACAUAUUGAAGACUUCAACUCGCGCGAGGAUGUCACUCUUUUCCUACGGAACGCGUUCGAAGAGGUGUACCGAACCCAAAACCUGUCGGUUUCAUGCCCUCGCCCUUGGCCCUCAGACGAGGAUAUCCUAAUACUGUCGGAUCGAGCGAACGGCCGGUUCGGUGUUGCAGCAACCAUAGUCAGAGUGAUUAGCCAAGACCAGCCCGACUUUCGUCUCCCGUUGGUUUGUAGAAUGCUUCAAAGAAGCGCGAAGGCUGCGCAAGGAGACAUGAGUAAACUAUACGACUCUCUAACGGACUAUAUUGACACCAUGAGCGAGCCGCUAAUCUGCCGAUACCCCUUCAUAAACUUCCUUCUCAUUGCGUUCGGAAUGGUGUCAUUUGCAAUGUAUCAAUCUAGAAACGAUAGCUUGGAAGACGUCUCACGGGACUUGUAAUAUAUCUGAUAUGAAGUUCUAUGUUUAUCAUAGAUUAAAAAGUAGUAUAACAAAUU